CAUUUGUUUUUUACGGUAGAGAUGGCAUGUUUGCCCAAUAUAAAAACGAAAUGGUGUUUUUCUUUAACCUACAUGCCUGUUAAUUAUAACCUAGUUAGUUAGAGGUUAAAUAAAGCGGGGGUCACUGUGUCAAUAAGGCCACCGCUGACCGAGGAAUGCGCUUCGUCAUCAGCAACUUUCCCCUGGGGUUAACGAGAAGGAGGAGGUCGCGGAGGAAAGUGGAGGAGGGGAGUUCUCAGCUGGGACUUUCCUCUGCCCUCCAGGAAAACCGAAAAAAAGGGUAAAAAAAAAAAGUGAAAUCACAGGGCACAGCGCCGGAGAUGUUCGCCGGAGCCGUCGCGGAAGUGGAGGAAUGCGGACCUGUGCGCCGUGGAGGGGCCGCUGCGGUGUCUCCCUCCGCUCGGGAGUACUACUCCUCUUAAUCCCACCGUUUCUCCUCGCGCUCCAGCUCCUCGUCGUCGGGUCACUUUUACCUGGAGUCGCGCGGGUGUGGAUGGGGUUAGAGGAGCGGGACGGAGGGGUCGCCUUUUCCGUUAUCAGCAUUGAACCGAAGCGGAGCUCACCGCAUCGGGGGACGCCUUCCCGGCGACCCGGUGUGGCGGAGGAGGAGGCAGAGAUGGACGACGGGCAGAGGAGGGGGGAGGGGGCACGAGCGUACGAGGACGAGAACGAGAUGCACGCGCGCCAGGUUCGUAAAGAAGUGGGGCCCAGAGCAUUGGAAGUGCAGCUGUGGGCAGCAGGCGAGCCAUCCUUCACAGCAGAGCUCAAUCGAAUCAUCUCGUACAUCACAAGGCCACAGAUGAACUGCUCCAAGGUUUUAUCUCCAGGGCGGGCUCAGCCAGCACAAAGCCCUGCAGCGCCAGCCCAUUGGCUGCUGUGUGCUGAGGACUGGCUCCUUCCAGCUACACACAAAACGUGUGUCGCAUAUUCCUUCAGCAUGGAUGGGGGAGAUGCAGACUUUCUGAAGACUGUGUCGGGGCUGGGAUGUGAAAUACACUGUUUUGAUCCCAGCAACUCUAAUGCAUCUGGUGGUCACCUUGGCAACAGUUUGGCUAGUAACCAUGGCGAUGGAGGCGUGGUCAGCCAGCACAAGAUGUGGCUUGAGUGGCGAGCUCCAAAGAAGCGCGCGCACAAGAGGAGAGGAAACCCGGGUGGUGUUUCUCAGACACUGGCAGACAUCAUGGCAGCUCUGGGACAUCACACAGUUCACUUCCUGUAUGCUGACCUGCUAAGCGGCGAGUGGCGCGUUUUUCAGAAUUGGAUCGAGGCAGGAACUCUACAGAAUGUCCACCAUCUUGUUGCCAAGGUGCACCUGCAGUGGGCAGGGUUUGAGGUGGCCGGUAGGGAUGAGGAAGUGCUCCGCUAUUGGUUCAGUGUCCUUCAAGGUCUUCAAGCUUGUGGACUCAAGCUGGUUCACAGCUCUGCAGGAGAGGGUCACAGUGUCCUAAAACAGACAGUAGCAAAUGCUCACAGUUCCUACACACUCAGCUGGGUAAACACACGACACUGAGACUCACACACUGAUGGAUGAAGCUGCGCACACAUUAUCCAAAGAGGGGGAAGCAGCUAGUGAAGUUUCCUGUUUUUCCUGGGAUUUCAGGCAUACACAGUUCUUCACGUGACAACUCCCUCUAGUGGACAUGAAGAAAUCUGCAGUUAAAGGGUAAAACCAACUCUGAAACAGAAACUGUAUUUAUAUUUAAAACAGCAUUUUAUUGUAUCCAAAUAUUGAGCAGAAGAAGGGCUUGCUGUUUUAACCAAGUUACAGGCCAAAUAAUAACAACUAUUUUCAACUCAGAUUUUGCUGUGUCACAAAGGAUGUAUGUAUGUUCCAACUAUUUCUGAACGCAAAA